AUGAUUUGUAUUAUGGGUAUUAGGUUCGCUACGUCAUAUCUAGACUCGAAUGUUUCCCUCUAUUCUUACGUUUUUGUUAUUGUUUUUAAAGAUUCCAAUACUUGUAUCAUCUUGUUUUAUGUUUUAGAACAGAUGGGUAUCCGAGGUUUGAGCACGUAUAUUGAACGUAGCGUUGGAAACCUAUCCAAAUAUGAAUUGCAUAACGAGCCUUUAGUUAUUGAUGCCGAGAACUUUGCUGCUGUCUGUUAUCGUCAAGCAGCUUUGCGAUGUGGAUUUGGUGGGGAGUAUUUGGCAUUUAAGAGUUAUGUCCAGUUAUACUUAAAAGAGUUUAGUUUGUGUCGUGUGGACCCGAUUUUUGUUUUCGGUGGAUGUCAUCCGAAAGAGGGGAUAAAAUUGAAUACUUUGAUGAAGCGGAACAAGGAGUACUUUAGACGACUCUCAUCAGCUCUUGUUAAUGCUAAGUCAAGUUAUAGCACAGAGUUGAACAUCGAUAUACCUCCACGACUUUGCGGCAAUGUUCUUGUUGAAAUUCUGCGUGAAUCUUCAGUGCGAUACAUAGCAUGUGAACGUGAAGCUGAUAUCGGUGCAGCAGAACUUGCUGUUUAUCUUCAAUGUCCUGUUACUAGUAAAGAUUCUGAUUUUUAUAUUUAUCGACCAAAUGAUAAUAAUCAAGUCUAUAAUUUUAUUCCAUUUUCAACUAUUUCACGUUAUUCCAAGCAGAGAUCCGUCCCUUGUUCUGCUUGUAAACUGAAUGGUGCUUCAUGUUAUUUCAUGCCGUGUGCAAUUCUUGAUAAUUCAGGACCGUUUUAUAAACUGAAAUAUCCUAUGUUACCACUUUUUGCCGUUCUCGUUGGUAAUGACAUGAUAUCAGAUAUUCGCCUUCCAACUAUCAUCCAUUCACUAAUCCAAACCUCUGAUCUAUUUAACGCGUCCUACUAUCAAAGACGUAUCCAUGCUAUAUUUAAGUGGCUGUUAGGUUUUCGUGACAUAGAAGAACCAUUGUCGUCGGUGUUGUCACUUUACAGCGAAAUCGAAAGGGAUGGUAUUGAAAAGACGAUCCGUUUGGGGAUUUCGGAUUAUCUUCUGGAUGUUUCAGGCGAAAACCUGGCUCAUGAAUUAGGUUUUUCAACUGAACACAAUAAAUCAUCAAGUGUUUCAUCGUCAAGCAAGUUGGGGAAUUCGAACAUUCAGGAUCCCACAACUUGUAGGGGUUCUCACUGUGAAUUUCUUUCCAGAUUUUCUAAACCUGUAUUGAAGAGAAAUGUUGAUGAUGAUGAUGAAGACAGUAUAUUUCACCGUUGGCCGAAAGAAUUGAUUAGGCGAUUUAGAUUUAUUGAAUUAAUCCCAUCCAUAUUUGACCACAUGUAUGUACGAAAUGGUGCUGUUUUACGUCUAGUAGUGGAGGACAUAAAUAUUCCUAAUUCACUUAGCGAAUGUAUGUCCAAGAUGAGAGGUAUUUUAAAUGGACAUAUAUUUGGAAUUGAAAACCACUUGGGCACCAAUGGAAAGUUAUGCGGAAUGGAGAAUGGAUGUGUCACUGAGUACAGGAGAAACUUGAAUGGUGAUUUCACGAAGAUUUUGAUUUCGGUGAAGCCUCUGAAACCGCCUCGUGCUGAAACGCCUGAGUUGUCGUUCUUAUCUUUUUUCUCGGGAUUUUUCAAUGUGAAUUUGAAGAUUGUUUAUAAGUCUCUUGAAAUACAAGGUUUGGCUAUUUUAUUAGUUCUAUGGUUCAGAUGUUCGUCUCAUGCUCGAAGCGAAGCUGAAAGCAUUCAGACAUCGCCUGUUGGACUUGCGUUGUCAUGUUGUACAAUCGCUAUGAAUUCAAAUAGUGCAUUUGUUCGUAGAAAUGCUGGUGCUGAUGGAGGUUUUGCCAACUCUAUUCUCACACAUCUCGAUAAGUGUGCUGAAUUGGCCAAAUCAAUUUAUUGCCAAAGAAAUCCACCAUUCUUUUCUAUUGAGAAAGUUCACCAACUUAAUGAAUUGCAAAUUAUGGCUUCUAGAUUAAAGCAUCUAGUCGCAAUGCUUGAGGUGCUUUGUCCAUUUUAUAUCUCAAAUAGUACUAAAUUUGACACUUCACCUAUUAGAAAUCCUUUCAUAAGGUUUUACCCACUUUGGAAGUUAUUUGCCAGUGGACAUCUUUUAUAUUGGAUUAGUCGACUUCUACAAAAUAUUGAUCCAUCUGAACGUUUCGAUAAAGUCAUGAAUGAUUGGCUUCCAAAAUUGCUCAUAAGAACCAAUUCUGGACGUGAACAACAAGAUUGUGCCCAAAAAGAUCUUACCAAACUUUUCAACCUAAUUGAUAAAUUGAACUGUUAAGAUUUAUUCAUGGUUUCUAUUAUGAACGCUAGUAUUUGUUAUUUUUGAUAGACGGUCAUUUUUAAUUUGUAUAAGCAUACAUAACACUUGGAUGUUUUUAUUGUCGAAACGUUUAACUCUCAUGCAGUUGCACACCUAUUUUCCUAAUAACUAGAAUCAUUC